AUCAAAAUGGAAGGUCACUACGAGAAUUCUCACCAAUGCCACUGCCAGCUUCUCACGAAGCUGAAAUUGUAUCAAAUAGGCUUAUAAGGGAGGAACUGCAAUAUGAUAUCACUUUCGAACUACAGUCUUUCCAAUCCUUACAUGGAGGGAUGAAUGAUGAUCAACUGAAAGUCUUUAACACCAUAGUUGAAACUUACGACAGUCGACAAGGAGGCUCAUUUUUUGUGUAUGGCAGUGGUGGAACGGGAAAGAUAUAUUUAUGGAAGAGUUUAAUAGCAAAAUUUCGAGCUAAGAAUAAUAUAGUCCUUGCUAUUGCCUCAUCAGGAAUUGCAGCAUUGCUCUUGCCACGAGGACAAACUGCGCACUCACGUUUCAAAAUUCCAUUGAACCCUGAUGAAUUCUCAUGCUGUUCGAUAAACCUCAUAACAGAGUUGGCAAGGUUGAUUCAAGAAGCAUCGUUAAUAAUAUGGGAUGAAGCACCUAUGAUUAGCUGUUAUGCUUUUGAAGCAGUUGACCGAACAUUCAGGGACAUACUAAAAAGUAUUGUGCAUUGUUCAAGAAGCAGGUUAUUUGGUGGAAACCUCUUUGUGCUUGGUGGGGAUUUUAGACAAAUACUGCCCAUUGUUACCAAAGGUAGUCGUGAACAAACGGUGGCCGCUUCAUUACCAAACUCCACCAUUUGGGAUCAUUGCCGUUUUUGCAUCUUACAAGAAAUAUGCGUCUUACAGCGCAAGAUAUCCCUGAUCAAACACGUCAAGAGUUACGUGAUUUUGCAGAGUGGAUAAAAUUAAUCGGUGAAGGAAAAAUACAGGGAACCUCAUUUUCUGAAGGUCGAGAGCCUAAUUGGAUUCAAAUUUCGGAAAGAUUCCUCAUAAGAAAUGGUGAAAGAAGCUUAUACAUGUUAAUUGAAAGCAACGACCCUGAUUUCUCUAAUAAAUAUCAGGAUAUAGGGUACUUACAAGGACGCGCCAUUUUAGCCCCAAAGCAUGAUGAUGUUAAUGAAAUCAAUAAUAUUGUGCUCUCAAUGCUUCCUAGGGAAAUGAGGAUUUACAAUAGUGCUGAUAAGUUGUGUCCUACAGAGCAUGAAAGUAAUGAUCAAGACAUGUAUCCUCCUGAACUUUUGCAUUCUUUGAACUUCCCCGGACUCCCAAAUCAUUGCUUGAAAUUGAAGGUUGGCACACCGAUAAUACUCCUCAUAAAUGUGAACCUAUCCUUGGGGUUAUGUAAUGGCACUCGCCUUAUUGUUGUUAAGAUGAGAAAUCAGGUAAUUGAAGCCAAAGUUGUUACAUGUUCUAGAGCUGGAGAAAUAGUCCAUCUUCACCGUGCUGUCUUAUCACAUUCUUCAACUCAUUCGCCGUUCACAAUGAAAAGAAGACAAUUUCCUAUCAAGUUGGCAUUUUCUAUGACAAUAAAUAAGAGUCAAGGGCAGACUUUGAAGAAUGUUGGGCUUUAUCUACCAAAUUCAUGUUUUUCUCAUGGUCAGUUGUAUGUAGCUCUGUCACGUGUCACCUCUCCACGGGGCUUGAAGAUAUUGAUUGUUAACAAACCCGGUAUGCCAGAUGAUGUCACCCAAAAUAUUGUGUACAAUGAAAUUUAUAAUAGGAUAUCCCAACCCCAGUAAACCCAUCUACCAGUUGCUUUUAGUUGCAUAGUUUGUAAAUAGCUUCUUAAAACAUUUUUUAAGUUGCAAGGACAUUAUCUAUCAGUUUAAUCAUUUCAUGCAUGAUUGCUACCAGUAAUUGUGUUUAAUGUUCACAUGCUAU